AUGGAUCCGCAUGCCGUCGCCUACGAUUUGGACCCGCAGAUCUUCGCCUCCGUUGUGGACCCGCCGAUCGUCGACAAGAUAUCUGAGGAACCAGAUUCGAAACGCCAAAAGUUGGAUGACGAGGAGGAAAAACCGAAGAUUCCUCUACGUCUAGCGACGACUCCAUGGCUUACGAUUCGGAUGAUGUUCGAAUGCCGCAUUGUGGGUUUUCGCCCUGUCAUAUUCGAGGAUAGCGACUUUGCUGACGAACCGGAAACAGACGGAGAAUUGAUCAAUCGAUUAUCGAAGACGGCUCUUGAUAAAUACAAUACUGAUAAGGGAAACAAUCUUGAAUUUGUGAAAGCAGUGAAGUCUAAUUGGAGUAUUGGAGGGGGACACAUUUUCUCAAUCACAUUCGAGGCCAAGGAUGCUUCUCAAAGUGAGCCUAUACCUUUCCACGCUCAGGUUGGUUACUUUCCAUGGAGAACAACUGUCUACGAUGUCAAGCCUAAACCAUGA